AUGAUGUCCUCGCAGCCCAUGAAUUGCUCCCCGAAUCGGGAAAAAUGUGAUAUACAUUAUGCAACUCAUAUGAUGCAGAUUUUCUCAUUAAAAUUGGCUAAAACUAGUACCAAUGUCGGCUUGGUACAGCUUUAUGGAUAUAUAGCAGUGCGGGAUGAUCAUGAUUCAUUGCUUAAUUAUGUUGUCGAUCGUAGCAGAGAUGAUCCCAUCAUUGUUGAUCAGGGUUCUUUUAUUGGGAUGACUGGCCCUAAGCGAUACAUCGCAAUGCUAACCCCUGUUCUAGUUGAGUUUGACACGAGGAUCAAGAAAGGAGAUCAAUAA